CCUCGUCCGCGGAGUCAGGUUUCCUGUGCGCCACAGACGCACCCAAUGAAUGGGCUGUGUGCCUAAGUCUGUGUGUGUGUGUGUGUGUGUGUGUGUGUGUGGUGUUUAUGUCUCCCUCUGUGUGCCUGAACUCUUGCAACAGCAGAGGUCCUGAGCCGCAAGCCUGCGCGCCAACAGCCAAACACAGCUGCAGAGUGCUUCAGAGAUAAGGCCACAUGCGGGUGUGAGGAGGAAGCACAGGAAUUGACGGAGGAGGAGGAGGGCCCCAUUCCCAUCCCAUGCCAUUCUCUCUCUCUCUCUGACACAUCCACACACAGGCAAGGCCACCUCAGCUUUGCACAUAUGCUCGGGCGCCUGGCGCACACCUUUGCACGAUGCCACCUGCUGCCUCAUAACGCCGUCUCCUUUUGGCCUCCGGAUGAGAUCUGGCCCAGCUCCUUUGGAGGAGGGAAGGAAGUUCCCUGCUGGUGAUGUUGAGAAGACCCGGUGCUUGACAAGAGAGGACGACGAGGUCUGCAGGAAGAGUUUGCGAUGGACGGCCGAAAGCCUGCCUUGAAAAGCCCCCAGAAGCUCUCUCUUCUCUCUUCCCCGGUGCGGGCCAUCAUUCGCCUGCGGAGGACAGCCCACAUCCUUAAAAAAAGCUUCCCAGCUGGGGAUCCGCAAGCGAAGCUCCUUCAGAGGCAGAUCUCUCUGGGCAAAGCCAAGCUGGGCAGCACCUCUGCCUCGCUUCUGAGCCAAGCGAGCUUUGAGAGCUCACAGUACUUUACCUUCGACACCUCCGUGCAGCCGCCCGUGACGAGAUCCAGCAAGCGGAAGAAGAGGCACCGGAACCCUAGAGUGUUGUACCCGGGGACUUCCAAGAAAUACCUCCCGACAGAGCACAAGAGCAAAGCCAAGAGAUGCCUCCUCUUACUCAUUGCCAUCAUCUGUUUCCAGAUCCUGAAUGCCAUCGAGAACCUGGACGAUAACCUUCUGAAAUACGACUUGGACGGCCUGGAGAAGACCAUGCAAAGGGAGGUUUUCGGGCAGACCUUAGCGGUCGAGAGCCUCAUGGGGUUGCUCAAGGACUACCUGGCGACCCACACCCACAACAAGCCCUUGGUGAUCUCCUUCAACGGCCCGAGCGGGGUUGGGAAGAGCCACAUUGGCUGGCUGCUAGCCAAGCACUUCCGGUCGGUCACAGGACACCAUUCUGUGCUCCAUUAUUUUACGAUGCACCACUGUCCGGACAAUGUCUCCACGUCGGCCUGCCAGUUAGAUUUAUCCAAGGCAAUCAGCAACAUGGUAACCCAAGCUGAAAUCGAAGAGAAGAUCCCUUUGUUUAUCCUGGACGAGGUAGAGCUGAUGCCUCCGGCCUUGCUGGAGACGCUGAGCAGAUUCUUCCAGAUGAACCAAACCAACGAAUUCCUCAACGCCAUGUAUAUCCUAAUAAGCAAAGUAGGGGGCAAUGAGAUCAUGAACGUUCUUCUCCAGAACAUCUCCGGGGAUCCCCUCCCGCAGCCUCAAAGAAAGAUGGAGUUGCUGCAGGAGGCUCUCCGUCCGGUCCUCAGCCGCAUCCACCCUCUUUGGACGCUGGCAGAGAUUGUUCCGUUCGUGUUGCUGGAGAAGGGCCAUAUCCUGAGCUGCUUCUACGAGGAGAUGAUGAGCGAAGGCAUUUAUCCAGAUCCGAGCCAUGUAGAGAGCUUAGCCGGUCAGCUCAGCUAUUACACCCAAGGAGGUCAGCAGUACGCCACCACUGGCUGCAAACAGGUGGUGGCUAAGGUUAAUCUGCUGUAAGGACAAAUGAACAUCUCUGACAAAAGGGUUGACUCACCCCACCUCUUUUUAUUACGGACAAUGUACUGAAGGGGUAGGCAACCCUUGGCCCCGGGGCGAAAUGUGGCUGUUCAGGUCUCUCUGUGCCCAUACCCCAAUGUACUGGUUUUACCAAUGCCUAGACUUAUUUCCAAAUGAACAGGGAUGAGAGUGACAGAAAUAUUGUCACCAGUACAGCUAGGAGCAUAGGAAAUGAAGAACUGGUGCUUGAGCUUGCUUUUUCGUCCUCCCUUCCAUUUGUUUUUCCUUCCAUGUCGUGUCUUUUUUUUAAUGAAUAAAUAAUAGAGAUUACUCCUCAGAUCCCAUACAUCUGCAGACUCAUCCUCUUUAGGUUGCCUCUCCUCCACAACUCCAUCCAUUUAGAAUGAAUACAAGCCCUGCCCUCUAACUCAUUGUCUUGGAAACAGUCCUAAUUUUUCUAUCUAGCCCCACAGCUAGGCCCUCCUACUUGCUGCAGCCCCCUUACAGCGGACUGAACCCUUAAACUUUGCCAGAUUCAGCUGGGACUCAAACCCUUCCACUGAGCUACUCAAGGCUGCCGCAAGAUUUUCAGGCAGAGUUUUGAACUGGGGUUGCCAAUAAUUAGGCUCUUGUCGCCUUACAACCUGCACUCCCUGAUUGCUGCAAGCCUGGGGGGGGGGCUCAUAAAAGUAACCCUAUACUCUAAAGAGGUUUCAUUUCCUAAAACUUGCACUGGAUGUUGUUGGACUACAACUGCCAUCAUCCCCAGCUGGCUCAGCCAAUGGUCAGGGAUGGUGAGUUGUAGUCCAGUCCCAUAACAACUGGGGACCCAAGGUUGAAAUGCACCGGUCUGCAUUGGCUGGCAGAGGCUCCCCAGGGUUUCAGACGGGGGUCUCUCCCAGCCCUACUUAGAGAUACCAAGGACUGAACCCAAGACCUUUGGCCUGCAAAGCAGGUGCUGUACUGCUGAGCUAUGCCUCUCCCCCCUGUUGAGAGUAAGGCACCAAUGCAAGUUACAAGUGAGCUUGACCCAGUGAGGAGAGAUAGAUUGCUGAUUCCUCCUCUAAAGUGUUUGUUGCUUUGGCAGGCUUUGCUCCUCCCCUUUCUCCCUUCUCUUUUCUGCAUUUGUUCUCAGUUAGUAAUGGCUCCCUGAGUGAAAGCCGCACGGCUGCUUCAGCAUGUAUGACGUUACCUCUUUGUAGGAAUAAACCUUAAGUUUCUUUAUUCUUUCAACUACCCGUCGUAACAGAUCAGCUAUUGCUGCACUCCCCUGCAGUACAUAUAUACCAAAAACUCUUAACAUGCCCAAGCCAUCUUAUAUUUUUCCUGACCUUUUUGUCCUGUUAUCUUAGGUUUAACAUCAAGAAUUUGGUUGAGUAAACCAAGUAUUUUAAGCAGGGAGCAUUUAAUUAAUUUACUGUAGAUCCUGUAUUGUAGUUCCCAGAUUCCACCACCCCCAUCCCUGCCUCCACUCCCCCCCCCAGUCACAAAAAUACACCAGAUCUCACCACCUAGAGGGCCACUCAGAAACCCAACUGGCUCCGCCCACUUGCCCAUCCCUUGCCCCACCCACUCUCCAGGUGUUCUUGAGAGCACACAGUCACAACUUUUUCUGCUCCAGCCUCUGCACCCUGAAUUAGGAAGCAGCUUCAGGUUUUGCCCUGCAGCAUCAAAAUUCAAAAAAUAUCUCCUUUUUAACAAGCACCUACUUACACAAAUCAUCUUCAGGCUGAGACAGUUGGGUUGAUAGAGCAGGUGUGUUGUUGACUCACGUAUUCUUAUAUUUGAUGUUGUGCAGUUUUCUACCCAGUCAGCAGUGAUAUAUUAAUCACUUCUCCCUAAAAAUAGCAAACCAUGUUCAGAGAAGCGUGUGUGUGUUUUUAACCACCAUAUGUAAGGUAUCUGUCUGGUCAAGCACAAGAAUAUAUAGCCUACCGGAGGCCAUUCAUGUUUUGCAAUUAACUACGAUAAUUAUCAGACACGAGUCAGAAGAUGCAAAGGUAGCUGAUUCACCAGUCUGUUUUGCAUAGCAGUUUUUGCAUGUAUGUGUUUUGUUUUUGCACUGGGACAUGCCAGCCAGUGUGGUGUAAUGGGUAAGGCAUUGGACUAGGACCUGGGAGACCAGGGUUCGAGUCCCCACUCAGCCCUGAAGCUCACUGGGUGACCUUGGGCCAGUCACUGUCUCUCAGCCUAACCUACCUCACGGGGUUGUUGUGAGGAUAAAAUGGGGAGACGAGAACCAUGCGUGCCACCUUGAGCUCCUUGGAGGAAAGGUGGGCAAUAAAUGUAAGAAGUCAAUAAAUAAAAUAUAAAAUAAAUUAAGC